AUGUACUCAGUUGGCCCUCCUGCCGAGGCCAGGGCGCCUGUUGCUCCUGCCGAGGCCAGGGCGCCUGUUGCUCCUGCCGAGGCCAGGGCGCCUGUUGCUCCUGCCGAGGCCAGGGCGCCUGUUGCUCCUGCCGAGGCGACGGCGCCUGUUGCAACUGCGGCAUUUGAACCAGAUGCCACACUUGCUGAGGCACGGGGGCCGGUUGCCACACUUGCCAAGGAAUUGUUGCCGGUUGCUACUGCCGAGGCACGGGGGCCGGUUGCCACACUUGCCGAGGAAUUGUUGCCGGUUGCUGCUGCCGAGGCACGGGGGCCUGUUGCUGCUGCCGAGGCACGGGGGCCUGUUGCUGCUGCCGAGGCCAGGGCGCCUGUUGCUGCUGCCGAGGCCAGGGCGCCUGUUGCUGCUGCCGAGGCCAGGGCGCCUGUUGCUGCUGCCGAGGCCAGGGCGCCUGUUGCAACUGCGGCAUUUGAACCAGAUGCCACACUUGCUGAGGCACGGGGGCCGGUUGCCACACUUGCCAAGGAAUUGUUGCCGGUUGUUACUGCCGAGGCACGGGGGCCGGUUGCCACACUUGCCGAGGAAUUGUCGCCGGUUGCUGCUGCCGAGGCACGGGGGCCGGUUGCUGCUGCCGAGGCACGGGGGCCGGUUGCUGCUGCCGAGGCACGGGGGCCGGUUGCUGCUGCCGAGGCACGGGGGCCGGUUGCUGCUGCCGAGGCACGGGGGCCGGUUGCUGCUGCCGAGGCACGGGGGCCGGUUGCUGCUGCCGAGGCACGGGGGCCGGUUGCUGCUGCCGAGGCCACGGGGCCGGUUGCUGCUGCCGAGGCGACGGGGCCGGUUGCUGCUGCCGAGGCACGGGGGCCGGUUGCUGCUGCCGAGGCACGGGGGCCGGUUGCUGCUGCCGAGGCACGGGGGCCGGUUGCUGCUGCCGAGGCACGGGGGCCGGUUGCUGCUGCCGAGGCGACGGGGGCCGGUUGCUGCUGCCGAGGCACGGGGGCCGGUUGCUGCUGCCGAGGCACGGGGGCCGGUUGCUGCUGCCGAGGCACGGGGGCCGGUUGCUGCUGCCGAGGCGACGGCGCCGGUUGCUGCUGCCGAGGCGACGGCGCCGGUUGCUGCUGCCGAGGCGACGGCGCCGGUUGCUGCUGCCGAGGCACGGGGGCCGGUUGCUGCUGCCGAGGCACGGGGGCCGGUUGCUGCUGCCGAGGCACGGGGGCCGGUUGCUGCUGCCGAGGCAGGGGGCCGGUUGCUGCUGCCGAGGCAGGGGGGCCGGUUGCUGCUGCCGAGGCACGGGGGCCGGUUGCUGCUGCCGAGGCACGGGGGCCGGUUACGUCACCUAAGGUAUUUGUGCCAGUUGCCACACUUGCUGAGGCAUUGUGAAUGGUUGCUUUUGCGGAGGCGGUUACUGUUGUUGCUGGGACACGGGAGCCGGUUCCUUUUAAUGCAGUUUGUGGAAUAUAUCUAU